AAUUAGAAAAAUCAUCUGUCAAUCAAAAGCACAAAAACAUAGAUUUUGUACCAAAAAACUUGUGCAAUGGCCCUUAUCAAUAUCAUACCUAUUUUGGUGAUCACUUUGUUUGCAUCAGCCUAUGCCAACUUCUACCAAGACAUGGACAUAACAUGGGGCGACGGCCGCGCCAAGAUCCUCAACAACGGUGAGCUUCUCACCCUCUCCCUCGACAAGACUUCAGGCUCCGGCUUCCAGUCCAGGAACGAAUACCUCUUUGGAAAGAUCGAUAUGCAGCUCAAACUCGUCCCUGGAAACUCAGCCGGAACUGUCACCGCAUACUAUCUCUCUUCGCAAGGGGCGACGCACGAUGAGAUAGAUUUCGAGUUCCUCGGAAACCUAAGCGGCGACCCUUACAUUCUACACACUAAUGUAUUCAGCCAGGGGAAGGGCAACAGGGAGCAGCAGUUUUACCUCUGGUUCGACCCGACAGUGGACUUCCACACCUACUCAAUCCUCUGGAAUCCUCAGAGAAUCAUAUUUUCAGUAGAUGGCACUCCCAUCAGAGAAUACAAGAACCCGGAGUCAGUAGGCGUUGCGUAUCCGAAAAACCAGGCAAUGAGGAUAUACUCGAGCCUCUGGAACGCGGAUGACUGGGCAACGAGAGGAGGCCUUGUGAAGACAGACUGGAGCCACGCUCCGUUCACGGCCUCCUACAGGAACUUUGUUGCCAACGCGUGUGUUUGGUCGUCUGGUUCGUCUUCGUGCAGCAACGAUCCAACUGCAAACGCGUGGCUGAACGCUGUAUUAGACUCGACGAACCAGGAAAGACUCAAGUGGGUGCAGCAGAAUUACAUGAUAUACAACUACUGCUCUGAUUCUAAGCGCUUCCCACAAGGCUUCCCUCCAGAAUGCACCAUCAACACAACAGCAUGAACAAGAUUAAACACACAUGAAUGAUGCACUACAACUUCCCUGCAAAUUAUCAAUAGAUAUAUACAAUUCUUUCAUAUUUUUUCCCUGUGUAUCAUGUGUAUUCAUAAUAGUAUAUAUGUUUACAUUAUCUAGUAA